GUAAUAUCAUAAUUCAGCUCCAUCAACUAACUUUUGAUAAUGUGGGCAGCAAUAAAAGGCGUUUGGAUCUGCUGCGUCACAGAGGGAGCCAUGGCAACACGCUGACGUGUACACAUUAAAUAAACCAGUCAGGUUCGUUCUCUAGCUGAUGGUUAACGUUACGUCACAAAAGUGUUAUGAUGACGGACCCUAAGCUAUAUAAGUCAGAAAUAAAAAAAAGGUAGCACUGAACUUCAAAUUUGAUAAUCGCUCGAUAAGUGAACUUUAAGGUAAACAUGGCCGAACCCCAAAAUACAGAGGACUUGACGAGAGAGCUUAACAGACUGAAAGAAAUGGAAACCCAAAUGGCUGAAGAGGUCAAGGGCCUUCAGGAAGAAGAAGGUUUGCAGCAGCUGCCCAUCCCUAGUCCUGAAGUGGAGACUCAGACUCCAGUGACCUACUCAGUUGAUGUCAAUGUCAAUUAUGGCCCAUGGAGAACUCCCAUACAACCAGCACCGUCAUCCAGACAGGUUAGACAAGGUCCAUUUUAUGGGAUCCAAUCUGUGAGGGGGUCUUCUCCCCACCUAGCACCAGAUUCAACCACAACAUCCGACAGAAGUGCCAUCCAUGCUGUAAGGAGGUCUUAUGCCAGGGAGGUACCAUCUUCACAGAAACAUAUCACCACAAGGAAUAGACCAGCUGAAGUUAGCGGCAUGCCUUCUUCACAGAAUACUGCUUCCCACCUAACAUCAUUAUCAGUCCGAAGAUCUAACAGAGCCAGCAGCAUUUCAUCUCCAGAUGAGCUCACUUCCCACAGAUUGUCAUCCUUAACCAGACAACCCAGAAGCCUCAGCGCCAAUGAAUCUGAACAGAUGCUAACACGGAAACUAGAACAAGAAAAAAAAAUUGUGGGCGAAAUUUGUUACCAGCUUAACCAAAGAAUCCUGAAACAUAUCUUCUCCAGUGACUUCGAUCUGUCCAAAGAUAAAUUGAAAGAUGUAUUCAAAAAUAUAAAGCAGGUUGCAACAGAUCCUGUGACAGGCUUGGUAGAAGACACCCAAAUAGCUUCGAUGGAGCAACGUUAUACAGACAUGAUGAACAAGCUGAAGACUUUUGGUUAUAAUGACAAAUUUCACCCGGAGUUUUCUGAAGAGAUAAUCAACAGUUAUGGCACCCUGACCAACCAGACACCUCCUGGGACUUCUCAGCACGAGGCAUAUGACUUAUCGUCUAUCUUCUGUGUUGUUUUAAUAUCUUUACCAGUUACGGUUGCCCAAGAUGUCCUCUGUCUGCUGGAGUGUCUCCAUCAUUUAUCCGUAAUAGAUGGGAAACCCAUCUUUUUCUGGUGAAGUAAAAUACUGACUUUGAGGCAGAUGGCAUUCCCAUUUAAAUCUGCUGAAAAUGACCCCAAAGUGCAAGGGGAAAAAUCAUAGUUUAGUAACAAAUACAUCGUAUAACUUGGCUUCCUGAUAUGUAUUCAAAUGUGACAAGUAAAAUGGUUCUUCUAGUAAAAAAAAAUAAUCAACUUAAUAAAGGUUACAAAAAUUCUGACUAAGUUGGCAAACAUCUACAGUUAAAUCCAACAGUCCAAAAUCAAAAGAGCUGAAAGGAUGUAGAAAAAUAUUUUAAUAGAUAAGCACUUUCACAUCAACAGACACUUCCUUAGUUCAUUAAAAAUGCAGCAAUAAAACCUUUUAAAUACAGAGUCAUAAUUCUAACAACAAGUCAACUC